AAUUGGAAUCUGCUGGAAUAAAUAAAAUGCAAUAUAGAAAAAAAUAAAGGAAGCAUUCAAAAUAGAAUUAAAGAUCAUGGCAUCUAGCCCAGCGUGUUAGAAUUGUUGCAACAGGCAGGAAAAAAGCCAUUCAGACUCUCAGCAGUUCUGAAGUGGCCCUUGAGGAAAAAGGUCUGGCGACCCCUGGCCUAGGCAACCUUUGGCUCUGAUCUAGGAGGGCUGCUCCUCUGCUCUCUGCCGGACACAGGCCAAUGCACCUCACGUGUGAUCUAAAUGCAGAGCCGGUAGCUGCAAGGUCCUUUAAAAAAUAAUUUCAGAACAUUGGGCUCGGGGUGUGUGUGUGUCAUAUGGCUAUAUAUUGACUCCACCUACAUCGGAUUGUGGAUCUUGUGAAAGAUUGGUGGCCCAGAGCCAGUUAGGGCUUGUGUCCCAAAGCAAUAGACGGGGAAAGGUCCUGGGAGCCCUCCAAGGUACAUGUUUACCCAGAAGCCAGGGCUGGCUUCAGUUCAAUGGGACUUUCUCCCUGGUAAGUGUGUAUAGGACUGCUACUUAAGGUUCUAGUCCUCUUGACCUAUGGAGAUAUAUCUGAAUAGAUGUACCUUCCGCCCAACCCUGCCCUGUGCAAUAUAGGAACAUGGAAGCUGCCUUCUUUGAGUCAGACCAUUGGUCCACCCAGCUCAACGCUAGCUGGCAGGGCUGUCCAGGGUUUGAGCCUUCAGGCUGGGCACUUUCCCAGCCUACCUGGAGAUGCCGUUGGGGACGGAAUUUGGGAUAUUUUGCAUACACAGCAGAUGCUGCACCGCUGAGCUGUGGCCUUUCCCCAAAUGUACGAUGCAAUACAAAGCAAACAUCAGGGCAUGUCGGAGUACAUGUGAAAUGAAAACAGUUUGAAAUAGCACAGACAUUCAACAAGAAAAGCAGAAUCAUAUAAACAGCCUUCCAAAAAGGACCCAAGUCAAGCUAAUUGCCAUGCUAUUAAACAGAGGCGUAUUCAGGGUGCUGCUACGUAGGAGUAAGCCCACUGGAUUCAGCAGGACUUGCUUCUGUGUAAACAUGCUUAAGUUGUUAAAAGGCCUGAGAGAGCAAGAAGGUACUCAGAGGUGAGCCUCUUUAGGGAGGGUGUUUCACAAACAAGGGGCCCCUCUCGCUGGCCCUCCCCCAUUUUCAUCCUCGCAACAACACUGUGAUGAGUACACAGAACACUAAUCCAGCCAACAGGGUGCCUCCCAGCUGUCGUUGGACUCCAGAUCCCAGCCUGCCUGAUCAUUGGCCGUGCUGGGCCUGCUGGGAGUUGGAGUCCAGCAACAGCUGGAGGGCUCAUGGUGUCGGACACCCUGCUCUAACCACUAUACACCCCACAGACUCUUAGUAAAGCCCCGUUUAGAUAGCUCAGGGAAAUGGGGAACAGUUAAGAAAGCCAGCCUGGCGUAGUGGUCAGAGCAACCUUCAGUCCUCCCAACACCCCUGGCAGGUUGGCCAUGCUGAGGCUGAUGGGAACUGUUGUUCAGCAACUUCUGUAAGGCUGGAGCCCCAGUGGAAGGGUCUCUUUCUGGAGUGGAGGACAGCCUCUGUCCUACUGUUAGGACAGCUAAACUGAGCUUCCAUGUUCAGGGGCAGUCUACCGCAGAAAAGCCAGAUGUGGGCGAGGCUGUGCCCUUCCCCACAACACCUGGGCUAGGACCUUGGAGACCAGGGUUCAGAUCUCCCACUCCAAGUCACUGGGGGCCCUUGGGCCACUCACUGCCUCUCAGCCUAUCCUACCUCACAGGGUUGUUGUGAGGCUAUAACGAGGAGGGGAGAACCAUGUUUGUACGCCACCUUGAGCUCCUUGGAAGAAAGAUGGGCUGGAAAUGUUAAUAACAAACAAACGGUUGCCAGACGAUGACUAGGACUGGUGGCCGCGAGAGGAGGCUGGGUCCUGAGGUUGCUGCCGGCGACUUUUUCCCCUUGCGGCCUGCCAGAGAGUCCCAAGAAUGUCAGAGCUGCCCAGCCGACUGGCUUCCUGCUCUGCUCUGUGCAUCCUGUUUUGCAAAGCGCCUCCGAAGAACUCGCACCACAUUUCAGCUCCCAGCCCAGGAGCCUUCCUCCCUGGCAAAAGCUCCACUGUCCCCCCCUUUCCACAGAGGCAGAGUUAUUGGGGGGGGGAAUGACUCAGGUCACGGCUACCUUAGAGCCACUGGUUUCAUCGGUCUGCUCCAAGUAGAACCAGCAGUAAUAAUUUGACUUUGCCAUGCUGGUGAGAUCGUAGCCACCCACCAUCUUAAUUUCCCAAGGGACAUCUGUGCAUGUAAAUUGCCAGCAGAUCUGUAUCCUUUCGUUACUGCAUUUCUGUCCUGCUUUUUAUCAAGAAGCUCAUGGUGGCAUACAGGGGCCUGCCCUCCCUCUUGCUGUUUCAUCCCCACAACAACCCUGUGAGGUAGGUUAGGCUGAGAGACAGUGACAGGCCCAAGGUCACCCAGCAAGCUUCAUGGCUGAGUGGGGAUUUGAACCGGGGUCUCCCAGCUCCUAAUGGGACACUCUUAAGUACUUAGCAACACGCAGCCGGGCUAAUCCCUCCAGAAAUCUUGGUGAUACAAGUGCCUUUGCACCUGCUUUAGAUUCCUUCCUCCCCCCCCCUUUAUUUUAUUUUGCAAAGUUAAUUUUGAAAAUCCAGAUGGGAAGUUUUGGGGAGGGAAAGAGAAACCUCACAAUCCAUCUUCCCCCUCCCUCUUAAAAGUUACAUUUUUUUUUCUAAAUACAAUAAAAAUGAAAUGCAUAAAAAAUGAGUUGCAAAAUUUGCCCAGAGAUUAGGACAUAGUGUCUUGUGCUCUGCUCUCUGCCUGCAGAACUGGCUUUCCCUAACAGCCCCCUCUCUCUGACCCCCCAGCAGCUGACAUUUGAUAGUCAGACUGCCCCUUCACAUGGAGGUUCGAUCUAGCCACCUUGGCUUAACAAGCCACAGCUCAGCAUCCAGUUUCCCACAGUGGCCAGCUAGACUCUUCUGGGAAGCCACAAGAAGGAAAGCAACAUCCUUCCUCUGUUGUUUUGGAAGCCCUCCCCUCCCACACUUCAGCAACUGGUGUUCUGCGGCAGACUGCUCCUGAAGAAGGAGGUUCCAUGGCUAAUUGCUGGGAAUAGAUAGGCCUCCUUGAGGGCUGGAGGCCAAUGCCCGCUGGAACCUCCCCCUCGUCACCGCAGGUGUUGCAUGCAACAAUAGCAAUCUUGGGGCUUGUAUCAGGGCGAGGCUGUUUUUAUCGGCACAUGGCUCAUUCCAGCAGAAUCUCCUUCAUGGUGGCUAAUGAUAGGUGGAGAUGAAUUCCUUGAUGUGGCAGAACAUAAAGCAAAGCAAAGGACUGAAGCCAGCUGCCUGCCCGAUAUCUCUGGAAAACAGAAAAAGAGCAAAUGGAAAAUGUCUGAGCAGAAGAAGUCCCAGAGCCUGGAUGAAGCUGUGGCGGAACGACCCAGAAGCGGCCAACGUCCGCCCUUGUCCCGGUCCAAAACCUAUGACCCGCUUUUCUCUAAAGAAGCAGAGAAGGAAGCGUCUGCCUCUGCCCACCACAGAAACUCAGCAUCCAACCUGAUGAAACAUGCUGUUGACUUCCACCGAGUGUUCAAAGACCUCUCCGAAGAGGAGUUACUCCUGGAGACGUUUUCGUGUGCCUGGCAGCGGGAGGUGUCCUACCACGGCCGCCUGUACGUUUCCCCCAGCCACGUCUGCUUCUACUGCAGCAUGGUGCGACGGGAGGUGAAGGUCGUCAUUCCUGUGCCCACCAUCAGUGUCCUCAAGAAGGCCAACACGGUCUUGUUGGUACCCAACGCCAUCUGCAUCCGGACGUCCGAAGGCGAGAAGUUCCUGUUCGGAUCGCUCCGUUCACGGGAAACGGUUUACCAGCUGCUGUGCUCCGUCUGUAAGCACCUCCAGGACGGCAGCCGGAAGAACAGCCCAACCAUGCCGCACGUCAGUCCAGACUGCCUCCAUAAGAUAUCCCUGAUCCCAAGGGAGACGGAUGCCACUCACAGCCCUCCACAGCACAAAAUCCUCCCAGAGGAGCCAGACGUGGCCGAUGGGACACGGAGGCCCCCAACAGCACCCGUUGAACAACAGCUGGCAACGCCAAGCAGAGGAGGGGCACCAACAACAAAGUCCUGGCGAAACUGGAAGGUUCACUUGAACCCCCUCAACACGGUUAUCCUAAUCUAUCUCUUCUUGGUGGUCCUCUUACUGCUUUCCUCGGGGUACAUCGGCCUGCGUAUCGUCCAGCUGGAGGAACAGCUGACCAUGAUGGGGGCCUGGCCUGAGCUGGGCCUUCAACACCCAGAAUGACAGACAAAUGUUUCCGGAAGUGCAUUGGGAAACCGGGGAGCUCCCUUGAUAACUCCGAGCAGAAAUGCAUCGCGAUGUGUAUGGACCGCUACA